GGGCCUCAGUUUCUCCUUUUGGUAAAUGAGUUUCGCUUCUCGAGACGAGGUGCCGCCUCGCCGGGCUGGUCGCGCCCCUUCGGGAGGAUUAGUUACAGCGUGGGUCCGGCGCUGCCACUUUCUCGGUGGCCGAGGACGAGGCGCUGUCCCGCUGAGCCCCAGCGUCUCCCCGGGGUUGCCGCGAGAGCCCCUGUAAACUCUCUCGAGCGCGCUGCUUGUUCGUUAUUUUAGGAAAAUAGGGAGGGGUGAGGGUAGACGGGCACCAUUUGUAAGUACUCCGACUCAUUCCCCGACAUGAGCAACGUUUAUUGAAGUAUAUACGUACUAUCGCAGUAGGUGUCGGGACUUUUCCCUUAGGAAGUACACUGCCGCGUAAGGGAGAAGAACAUCCGAAAAUGCCAGAAGGCAAAUGGACUUCCACUUGACAAGUCCUUGAGAUCCAAGAAGCAGAAACAGCAUCAGCGAGUUCGCAAGGAGAAGCCACAACAACACAACUUUACUCACCGCCUCCUGGCUGCAGCACUGAAGAGCCACAGUGGGAACAUAUCUUGCAUGGACUUUAGCAGCAAUGGCAAGUACCUGGCCACCUGUGCAGAUGAUCGCACCGUCCGCAUCUGGAGCACCAAGGACUUCCUGCAGCGGGAGCACCGCAGCAUGAGAGCCAACGUGGAGCUGGACCACGCCACCCUGGUGCGCUUCAGCCCUGACUGCAGAGCCUUCAUCGUCUGGCUGGCCAACGGAGACACCCUUCGUGUCUUCAAGAUGACCAAGCGAGAGGAUGGAGGCUAUACCUUCACGGCCACCCCAGAGGACUUUCCCAAAAAGCACAAGGCACCCGUCGUCAACAUCGGCAUUGCCGACACAGGGAAGUUCAUCAUGACUGCUUCCAGUGACACAACUAUCCUCAUCUGGAAUCUGAAAGGUCAUGUGCUGUCUACCAUCAACACUAACCAGAUGAACAACACCCAUGCUGCUAUAUCCCCUUGUAGCAGGUUUGUGGCCUCGUGUGGCUUCACCCCGGAUGUCAAAGUUUGGGAAGUCUGCUUUGGGAAAAAAGGGGACUUCCAGGAGGUUGUGCGAGCCUUUGAACUGAAGGGUCACUCGGCCGCCGUCCACUUCUUCGCUUUCUCCAAUGACUCCCGCAGGGUGCAUUGGGGCUCGAGCUGUGAUUUUCCAUGCUGCAGGAUGGCCUCGGUCUCCAAGGACGGGACAUGGAAACUGUGGGACACAGAUGUGGAGUACAAGAAGCAGCAGGAUCCCUACUUGCUGAGGACAGGCUGCUUUGAAGAGGCGAGCACCAUGCCGUGCCGCCUGGCUCUCUCCCCUGACGCCCAGGUCUUGGCCUUGGCCAGUGGCAGCAGUAUUCAUCUCUACAACACCCGGCGGGGUGAGAAGGAGGAGUGCUUUGAGCAGGUCCAUGGGGAGUGUAUCACUGACUUGUCCUUUGACAUCACUGGCCGGCUUCUGGCCUCCUGUGGGGACCGGGCAGUGCGGCUUUUCCAUAACACCCCUGGCCAUCGGGCGGUGGUAGAAGAAAUGCAGGGCCUCCUGAAGCGGGCCUCCAAUGAGAGCACCCGCCAGAGGCUGCAGCAGCAGCUGACCCAGGCCCAGGAGGCUCUGAGAAGCCUGGGUGCCUUGAAGAAAUGACUCUGGGUGGGUGUGGCAGGAAGGAUCUGGCCUGCGCCACGGCUGCCACUUCCUCCUCCCAGGUACUCCUCAGCUGGAAGCCUCUUGAAAGGAGUAUUUGGAUUUUUAGUGGUGGCUCCUCUUUGCUUUUCCCCAUUGAAACUCUUCUUGCCUAUUUUGAUCUGUCUCUUCUUGCCGGUUGUGACUCCUGGCCUUACUUGACUUCCUGGUCUAAUGACCAAGGUGCUUCUCUUUCUCCUGGGCCCAAGGGAUGGAAUCUGUCUUCACCAGGUGCUGAGGGAAAUGGACAGUUGGAGAGAGAGGACAUGGCCUUUGACCUUGGGGCAACACACCCUGGUACCCAAAGGAGUUUGCAGUUGUGGAGGCAAAACCUAGGGAACCCCUGAGUACUAACCAGCAGUUUUGCAGGGGUGGGAGCCUGGGAUACCCUCCAAUUACAGAACUGUGGGAUCGUGUCAGGGAAGGACCAGUCUUAAUCCAGGCGAAGCUCCGAAUUCCAUCAAAAAGGAAUUUAGGGAUUUCAUUUGGUGCCUCACUUUUUUUUCCUGUAAAAUGGAGAAUAAUCCUCUCUCUUGGCCUCCUUACAAAGAUGUUGUUAACGUAUGCACAUAUAAAGUCCCUAGAUUUGGAAGAAAACUGGAAAAGAGUAAUAAUAUACGUUGUCUGUUGGCCAAUCUUGUUUCUUAACUACCAGGUAAAUAUGGGACUCAAUACUUUGAAACUAAAUGAAAAAGAAAGAAACCCGUCCCUUGGGAAGGCGAAGUUUCUGGAACUUGAUUAUACAUUUGGCAGCUGGUUCUUUAAGUUGUGUAGAGGAAUGCUAGAAUUCCAAGAUAGGACUCCUCUCUGCAAGGAGGUUGUAUUCUAUCUGAGGAGACCUCUUUUCAGUUCAUCAAAUAUUUGAGUGCCCACUGUGGGCCCAGCACAGCACUAGCACCGGGGAUGAAUACGAAUAGGGUGUCAUCUCUGCCAUCAAGGAUGGCUAGUGGGAGAGAGGUAUGCGUGGGUAGUAAGUGCUUUUUGCUGGUUAAUUCAUAGCUGUAGAAUGCUGUUGGGAAAGUCCCGGCAAGAGACAGAAUUGGAUCCAGACGGAGGCGGUGGGUCUGAAGUUGAAGGGAUAGAGUUGGUAAGAGGUGAGGCAUUUACAAGUUCAGCUUUUUGGAUUUGAGAAUGCUGGGGUGUGGGAGAAGGGAAACGAGGCUCUAGGACGACUUGCGUCUUGGCAAAAUUUAUUCAUCCGAAAUCCCCGUCUUGCCCUCGGUCCCUGCGAUGGGGGCCUCCCCUAGACAUCCCUCUGAACAAGGCACAACCUUGGAGUUCUCUCUCAUUACUCCCUUUUCGUUAAUCCUUCCGGCCCACUGGCACUAUUGCCAUCCACUCCAUCAGAAAAUUCUUUUGGUUCUACUCCAGAUUAUAUCCUGAAUCUGCUUUUCUCCAUCUUUUCUGUUAACCAUCCUGGUUCUAGCCACUGUCACCUGCUGGACUACGAUAAUCCAGCCUUCUCUUUGGUCUCCCUGCUUCUUCUCUUGCCUCGUUUACAUCACUUCCCUGCAUCCCAGAGUGAUCUUUGAAACCAGAUCACAUUGUUCCCAAGCAAAAGCCUUCCAAAGGCUUCCUAUCGCACCUGGAAUAAAAUCCAAGAUUCUCAUCAUGGCCUUUAAGGUCCUGUGUAAUCUGGCUUCUUCCUUCCUCUGUGAACCUCUCACCCCUCUCCCAACCGCCCCAAACUUGCUGCUGUUACUUGACCAGGCCAAGUUAUUUCCUGCCCCAAGUGGAAUCUGUGCCCGUGCUGUUCCCUCUGCUUCGAAGCAUUUUUCCUGUUGGUAAUGCAGUUCUCUGUUUCAGUUACACUUCGGAGAGACCCUCCCUGGCCACCCAGUCUGAAGUAGCCCUUUCCACCAAUCCUGUCACUCCUGUCACGUUAGCUCAUUUUAUUUCUUUUGUAUGACUUUAUCUGAUCUGAAAAGAUCUCCUUUGAAUAUUUGUUUGCUUCAGGGGUUUCAGCUUAAAUGCUUUAGGAUGUCGAGUAGGAAACGCAAAUGCAUGAAUUGGGCCACAGUUGCCUGGGUGUAAGACAGUGGGAGAUCCUGGGAACUGAAGUGAUCUCCAGAAGACACGUGUCCUGGCUGCUACUUCUUAUUCGGGAAUCCCACAGAAGUUGCCUGUUUCAGAGAAGCUAGAAGUUGGCGACUUAUUAUAAAAAGACAAAAAUGAAACAGUGUGGACCAGACAAAACACUAAUGUGGGCCAGAUGCAGCCCACCAAUCUCUCAUUGGCAGCUUCUGGAUUGUUCAUUAGCCCACGGGCAUGUGAGCUCCACAAGGGCAGAAUCUUUGUCUAUCUUUUUUGCUCGGUAUCCCAAGCACAAUACCGGGAACAGAGUAAGCGCUCGGUAAAUACUGAAGUCGAAUUGGGGGCAGUUAACAGAUAUUUCUAUACCCUCUGUGUGCACCCUUCUGCUCUCAAUUUCCAUUGCAGUUUUAUGCUCCUGAUAAGACUUCUGAUUGAUAAUGCUGUGCACAUGGGUCCUGGUGAAUAUUUGCUUUCAGACGGUCGGAAGAAUGAAGCUAAAACACUUCUUUGCAUAUCUGUUUGGCUCCGGCUUUACUCUCACUGUAUAUCCAGGAGAGAAGUGACCCGAAUAUGUUGAGUUACUGAAGUCAGAAGUCUUUGGUUCCAGGUUCGUCUGGGUCACUUACUGACAAACCUUGAGCAGAUAGAUCACUUGGCCUGAGUUUGUUUCCUCAUCUGUAAAAUGGGAAUAAAUCCUGUGCAAAGGGCCUUGCAGGGCUGUGAGUUUCUAAUGAGAUCAGUGAAGUCCUACAAAAAAGAACACUGAGGCUUCCUGAGGACACUGCUCCUCUCACUAAACAUGAGGCUGCUUCUCUCGUAAGCAUGGAGAAGGUAUCUGGAUAUUAACAUAGAGCAGAGGCCGCUGUGGUUUUUUUUGAUCAAAAAUGUGUGUGUGUGUGAAGGCGGCGUUAAUAUUUUAGUACUAUUUGAACUUCUGUGGGUUUGCAAUUUUUCAAAAUAAAAAACUGGGGAAAUAUUUAAAAUGUA